AUGGGUUCAUAUGAAAAAAGCCCACAAACCAGCAUCUCAGAAAACCCGACUCCAAGUCGACCAGAACGGGUUUACCCUCUCUCUUCACACUCCAUGGAUCUCUCCAUGGACAUCUCCAAGAAGCGUAAAGCCGACGACAAUGGCGCCUUUUUCCCCACAACCACAGACUCGAUCACCACUCAACCCCCAACCCACCUCACCCCAGAAGACGCCGAUAGAAUCCUCGAACCCUUCACCAAAGAUCAACUUCACUCCAUCCUCCGCACCGCCCUCCUUCACCACCCCGACAUCCUCACCGCCGUCCGCUCCGUCGCCGACUCCGACCCCGCCCAACGGAAACUCUUCAUCCGCGGCCUUGGCUGGGAAACCACCACCGAAAAGCUCCGCUCAAUCUUCUCCGCCUUCGGCGAACUCGAGGAAGCCAUAGUCAUAACAGACAAAAAUACUGGAAAAUCAAAAGGUUACGGAUUUGUCACGUUCAAACACAUCGAUGGAUCGAUUUUGGCACUGAAAGAACCGAACAAGAAGGUCGAUGGACGAAUUACGGUGGCCCAGUUGGCGGCGGCGGGCAAUUCUGGAGUUUCUAAUGGUAUUGACGUCAGUUUGAGGAAGAUUUAUGUGGGGAAUGUGCCGUUUGAGAUAUCGUCGGAGAGGUUGUUGCUGCAUUUUUCGGCGUAUGGAGAGAUCGAAGAAGGGCCUUUAGGAUUUGAUAAGCAGACUGGGAAGCCUAAAGGGUUUGCGUUUUUUGUGUAUAAAACUGAGGAGGGGGCUAGGGCUUCAUUGGUUGAUCCCAUCAAGAAUGUUGAUGGACAUCAAGUGAUUUGUAAGUUGGCUACUGACAACAAGAAAGGGAGGACUCAGCAACCUGGUGGGUUACCAGGUGAGGGAAUGCCGGCACCUGGGUCAAUGCCGGGGACGAUGAACUCAAACUAUGGCGUUCCAGGUGGUGGGAUGUCGAAUUAUGGAGGGUUUUCGGGUGGGCCAGCCGCAGGGUUGCCCCAUCAGAACACGAAUUUGACUCCCGGGAUUAGUGGGCUGGGAGGGCCAGGAUAUGGUAAUCAAGGCCAGCCAGGUUCUUAUGCUGGUGGUGGUGGUGGCUAUGGUGGUGCUGGGGGAUAUGGUACUGGUGGUUCACAGUUUGGGGGUGGGGCUGCUGGGACAGGAGAGUAUGGCGGAUUGAACAAUUCAGGGUCAUCCAUGUAUAGGAUGCCAAGUUCUAGUGGAUUGCCUAGUUCAGGAGGGUACCCUGGUGGUGGGAAUUACGGUUCCGUGUAUUCUACACAGCUACAGCAGCCAUCUCCGGGUGGUCCACCGAGAGUUCCACCAGGCGGGAUGUACCAGGGCAUGCCACCCUAUUACUAAGGUAAUUUUGUAAUAUUAUUCACUGUACAAUAUUUGUUGUAUGAGUUAAGUAUUAGUUUUGAUAAAAGUAGUCUUUUGCCAGCAAUGUUGAUAUUUGUGAAUAUGCUUGGUUGUUCGGAUGAUUGAUUGUGCAAAGAUGGUUCUUUUUUAUGAUGGCACUUUGUGUUUUUUUUUUGGCUAUGAAUGCAGUUGCUAAUACUGUGUGCCUUUUUUUCUGUGUUUUGAUGCUGUUGUUUUUUUUUUUUUGUUAUUGUUGCGGAUGUCUUUUUUUUGUGCAUUUAUAGUUGUUUAUUGACUGGUUGUUUUUGGGACAUUUCAUUUUAUAGAAAACUCAGGAUAUUGCUUAUGUAUUUCUCUGCAUUGGUCACCAUUUCCUUGGUCAUUCCAUCCCUUUUUUGUUUAUUUUUCUUUCUGCUGCCACUGUUCUUUUGUUUCUACGGAUAUCAUAGUUUCAUUUAUUUGAAUGGGCUUUUCAGUUUGUAGUAUGCUGGUGCCUAUUCGAAACAAAUGAUGUGGUUAAGUCCUGUUGAUCCUACUUUGUCUGUUGCUCCAUUUAGUCCAGUUUUCUUCCCCUUGUUCUGGAUUCCAGUGCACAUUGAAUUGGACUUGGUCAAACUUUUAUAUUUGUAAAUCUUCUAAGAUUCUUGUAAAAGUUGGUAGUGCCUAUAUUAGAUCAAUCUAAUUUUCACUUUGUCUUGUAUUUCACUGCCUUUAUAACAUCCUUAUGUUGGACAUGUUCUGAAGUGCCGCACUAGGAUCCCCUUUUCUUUCCCUUUUGGUCACC